AUGGCUGGUGAAUUAACUGAUGAUUGGGAUCGUCGAUGUUUAAGUACUAUUCUUUUUGAUUUUUAUAAUCCUCAAGUAGCUGAAAUUCCUAAACAUAAAUUAUCUCCAAGUGGUGUUUAUUAUGUACCACCUAAAGGUACAUAUGAUGAAUAUGUUGAAUUUAUUAAAAAUUUGCCAUUAACUCAACAUCCUGAAGUAUUUGGUAUGCAUGAAAAUGUUGAUAUAUCAAAAGAUUUACAAGCCACAAGACUUUUAUUUGAUUCAAUUCUUUUAACAAUGGGUUCAACAACAGCUGAAGGUGGAGAUACAGAUAAAAAAUUAAAUGAUAUUGCUAAUGAUAUACUUUCAAAAUUACCAAAUAAUUUUAAUUUGGAAGAAGCAAUGAAACAAUAUCCAACACAAUAUGAUGAAAGUAUGAAUACAGUUUUAGUACAAGAAAUGGAACGAUUUAAUAAAUUAAUGACUGUUAUUCGAACAAGUUUACAAAAUGUUAUUAAAGCUAUAAAAGGUUUAGUUGUUAUGAAUGUUGAAUUAGAAGCUUUAACAAAUAGUUUAAUGAUUGGUAAACAACCAGAAAUGUGGAUUAAACAAUCAUAUCCAUCAUUAAAAAGUUUAGGAUCAUAUUAUAAUGAUUUAUUAGAACGUAUUAAAUUUCUUCGAACAUGGUAUGAUAUAGGAAAACCUCCAGUUUAUUGGAUUUCAGGCUUCUAUUUUACACAAGCAUUUUUAACGGGUGUUAAACAAAAUUUUGCAAGAAAAUAUACAAUACCAAUUGAUUUAUUAACCUUUGAAUUUCAGGUUUUGAAAGUCUAUAAAAGUGAAACAGCUCCAAAUGAUGGUGCAUAUAUAGGUGGUCUGUUUCUCGAUGGUGCACGAUGGAAUCAAGAAACAUGUUUACUUGAUGAACAAUUUUCGAAAAUUCUCUAUGACCCAAUACCAAUCAUUUGGGUAAAACCAGUAAAAACAAAUGAAUUAAAUACUCAAGGAACAUAUGAAUGCCCAGUAUAUAAAACAAGUGAACGACGUGGUGUACUUUCAACAACAGGUCACUCAACGAACUUUGUUAUGCCUGUUUAUUUACCAACAAAUCAACAAGCACAACAUUGGAUAAAACGUGGUGUUGCAUUACUUUGUCAACUUGAUGAUUAA